AUGUCGGACCAGGAAAAAACAAUAGGCGAUUCCAUAGAGAAGAAGAUCUCUGCCAAUUCGUUUGAAAAGUCGUUGGAAGAGUCCGGCCACGCCGAGACCUCGGAAACUUCUGUCAACAUCUUCGACAGAUGGGCCGCUAAGCUCAAUGCCGAGACCAAGGGUGUGGACUUGGUGCUUGAUGAUGAAAAGACAGACAGUUCCAUCUGGAAUGCUGCUUCCAUGUGGUUGUCCGCCAACUUGGUCAUUGCCACCUUCUCCUUGGGUGCUCUUGGUGUCACUGUGUUUGGUCUUUCGUUUUUCCAGUGUAUCAUGGUGAUCAUCUUCUUCUCCUUCUUGGGAGCAAGUACAGUGGCCUUUUUCUCCAUUUUCGGUUGCCGUUUGGGUCUCCGUCAGAUGAUUGUGUCCAAGUACCUCCUAGGAAACUACGGUAUGAGAAUUUUUGCAUUUAUCAACAUGAUUGCUUGCGUGGGUUGGGGUGCUGUGAACAUCAUGGCCUCUGCUCAGUUGCUCAACAUCGUCAACAACGGUGCCCUCCCACCAUGGGCCGGCUGUUUGAUUUUGGUGGUUUGUACCGUCCUCGUCACUUUCUUUGGCUACCACGUCAUCCACAUGUACGAGAGAUGGUCGUGGAUUCCAAACAUGGCUAUCUUCAUUGCCAUCAUCUGCCGUAUGUCUAUGGCUGGCACUUUCACUUGGGGCGAAACCAAGGGCGGCGAGACCACCGCUGGUAAUGUCUUGUCCUUCGGUGGUACUGUUUUUGGUUACGCUACUGGCUGGACCACUUACGCCUCCGACUACACUGUCUACCAGCCUCGUAACGCCAGCUCAUUCCGUAUCUUCUUCGGUAUUUUGGCCGGUCUUCUCUUACCAUUGGUUUUCACCUUGAUUUUGGGUGCUGCUUGUGCCACCGGUACAUUGACUAAUGACAACUGGCAGCAGCUUUACCAGGAGAAAGCCGUUGGUGGUCUUGUUUACGCAAUUCUUGUCCAGGACUCCCUUCACGGAUUUGGCCAGUUCUUGUGUGUGCUUUUGGCUCUUUCCACUGUCGCCAACAACAUUCCAAACAUGUACUCUAUUGCUAUGAGUGCCCAGGCCUUCUCUUCGUACUUGAAGAAGGUGCCUCGUGUCUUGUGGACGAUUUGCGGUAACUUCGUCACCUUGGCCAUUUGCAUUCCAGCUUACUACCAUUUUGAGUCUGUCAUGGAGAACUUCAUGAACUUGAUUGGUUACUACUUGGCUAUCUACGAGUCCAUGUGCCUUUCUCAACAUCUUAUAUGGAACAGAGGUCGUUGGUCUGCUUACGACUAUGAGAACUACAUGGACAAGCGCUCUUACCCUGUUGGAAUUGCAGGUAUCUUCGGCUUUUGCUGCGGUGUUGCCGGUGUUGUUCUCGGUAUGAACCAACAAUGGUACAGUGGUGUGAUUGCCACACAGAUAGGUGAGAGAGGAGGUGACAUUGGUUUCGAAUUGGGAGCCGGUUUCGCUUUUGUUGGGUUCAACUUGAUGAGACCACUUGAGAUCAAGUAUUUGGGAAGGUAA